AUGGAGGCUAACAUCCACACUAUGGUGGAUCUGAUAUUUCUCUUAUCAACAUUGCUUGUUAUUUGGUUGAUAAGAUUCAAGUUGAAGUCAUCUUAUAUUAAGGAGUUUGACAACAUGCGGUUAUCCUUUCUGGUGGUGCCAUAUACAAUUUUGGCAAUAUUAGUACAUCCAUAUACAAAGCAUAUCUGGAUAGCUAGAGUUCUUUGCGCAUUCUCUGUGUAUUUGGAAACUAUUUCGAUUCUUCCUCAACUUCGUUAUAUGCAGAAAGCAAAGAUUGUUGAAACACUCACCGGAUAUUAUGUAUUUUCACUUGGUGUCUCUAGAUUCUUUGCACUAGCUUAUUGA